AUGGGUCGUGCUCUUUGUGACUUGGGAGCAAGCAUAAAUCUGAUGCCCCUAUCCUUGUUCAAGCAAUUGGGUCUGGGAGCUCCAAGACCAACUACUGUGAUGUUGCAGCUGGCUGAUAGGUCUAUAGCAUAUCCUGAGGAAGUGAUUGAAGAUGUGUUUCUGCAAAUUGGGAAAUUCAUCUUCCCUGCUGACUUCAUUAUCCUAGAUUAUGAGGCUGAUGAACUGGUGGAUGACGAGGAAGCAGUCUUUAAUGUCUACAAAGAAAUCCAACUUCCCCGCCACUAUGAGGAGCUCUCGAUGAUAUCUGAAGAAAAGCUAUUGAGAGUGCUACGUGAGCACAUGCGAGCAAUUGGGUGGACGAUGUUUGACAUUAAAGGCAUUAGUCCAGCUUUCUGCAUACAUAAAAUCCUCAUGGAGUACGGACACAAGCCAAGUGUAGAGCAACAAUGCCGCCCAAUCAUAAAAGAGGUGGUAAGAAAAGAAGUGAUUAAGUGGCUUGAUGCAAGUAUUGUAUUUCCAAUUUCUGAUAGCAAAUGGGUGGAUGAUGGCUAUUUUACUGACAUGGUUGAGAGAUUUGUAGAAGUGUUCUUGGAUGACUUUUAUGUGUUUGGGAUUUUAGAGAAAGAUGUCCCCUUCAAGUUUGAUGAUGCCUGUCUGAAAGCAUUUAAGGAGUUGAAGGGAAGGUUAGUGACUGCACCAAUUAUCAUUGCUCCGGAUUGGGAGCAGCCAUUUGAGUUGAUGUGUGAUGUGAGUAAUAUAGAAAUUGGAGCUGUUUUGGGGAAAAGGAGAAAUAAAAUCUUUCACUCCAUUUGCUAUGCGAGAACCAAAGUUAUUGUCUACACAGAUCAUUCAGCUAUCAGAUACUUGUUUGAAAAGAAAUACGCCAAGCCGAGGCUGAUUCGUUGGGUCCUCCUCCUGCAAGAGUUUCACUUAGAGAUCCGAGAUCGAAAAGGGACAGAGAAUCAAGUGGCCGAUCACUUGUCCAGAUUAGAAAAUCGCAGCCAUGUAGCUGAAGGAGGGUCAUUCAAAGAAACAUUUCCGGAUGAGCAGUUAUUAGCAAUCACCUCAAGUGAACCCCCGUGGUUGUACACGGAUCAGUUGGUACAGAGGUGUGUCCCUGAGGAAGAGAUGAGUGCAAUACUGCAUGACUGUCAUGCUUCACCAUACGGAGGUCAUCACGGUGGUGAUAGAACCACCCAAAAAGUGCUACAAUCAGGUUUUAUUGGCCAAAAUUGUUUAAGUAUGCACAUGCCUUUGUUCAAAAGUGUGACAGAUGCCAAAGAACUGGAACAAUCAGGAAGAAGCAUGAGAUGCCUUUGCAAAAUAUUCUGGCGGUACAUCUUGGUGGCGGUCAACUAUGUGUCUAAAUGGGUGGAGGUCAUUGUUCUUCCUACUAAUGACGCAAAGGUAGUGACAAGUGGUCAAGUGGAAGUUUCAAACAGAGAGGUAAAGCAAAUUCUAGAGAAAACAUUAAGUGGAAAUAGAAAGGAUUGGGCCGGGAAGCUGAACGACGCAUUAUGGGCAUAUCGCACUGCAUACAAGACCCCCAUAUGUACUUCUCCGUACAGGUUGGUUUAUGGGAAGGGGUGCCACCUGCCCAUUGAGCUUGAACACAAAGCAUAUUGGGCGAUUAAAAAGCAAAAUAUUGAGAUGGACUUAGCUGGUGAGAAGAGGUUGCUACAACUCAACGAGCUUGAUGAGUUCCGGUUGCACGCGCAUGAAAACGCCAAAUUCUUUUUCGGAAAGCCUAAAUCUCGAUGGUCAGGUCCUUUUGAAGUGGUUACUGUGAAACCUCAUGGAGCGGUGGAAUUGCGUGAUACGAGUUCCAAUGCGACAUUCUUGGUAACUGGCCAGAGAGUAAAACACUAUUGGGGUGGUGACAUUGCACAUCACAAGCCCUCGCUGGACUUGGAUGAGGCGUGA